AUACUAUUGCAGCCCUCGCUAGGCGCGUCGCUUUAUUUAUGUAGUUUAACAAGUCUGCAAUUGAACAAUCUAAUGUUUACGAAAUAGAAAACUAUUAGUUAAAAAGCAACAUGGAUAUGGUAAAGCGAGCAUUUUUACGCGCCUGCAUAAAUCACAGCUGCCUUGAUCAUGAUCAAAUUGAUAAGAUAUUGAUUCCGCUCUGCGAGCAUUAUCAAGUGACAAAGCCCGCGAAAAAAGAGGCUCUGCACGAAUUCGUUAAGGAUAUCGAAGGAACUAUAAAGGAGCUCAGUCAAUCGUUGGGCUUCAUGAAACAUCCCAUAACGGGCAAGGAGUAUUUGGUGUUUGCCAUAACGGACGCAACGCCCGAUAAACAGAAUCAUCCGGGACUCACAGCUGAGGAGUGCCUGUAUUUCUCGAAUCUAUUGGACAAAUUGGGUCAACAGGAGGAUUGCCACAUUGCGUGGAACGAGGCAUAUUCUGACUUGGACUUUAAGGGAUCCACGAAACCGCCCAAGAAGCUGCGCAUGCAGACACUGCUCCAACUCUGGACCGAGAUGGGCUACUUUCUCGAAGCCGACGACAGACUCUAUUUGGGUCCGCGCAGCAUCGUCGAGUUCGAGUUCUAUUUGCGUUCCAACUACGCGGAUACGAUAAAGGAGUGUGCUCUCUGCAAGCAGCUGGUGCUCUGGGACAUCAAGUGCUCCGAUUGUGGCAGGAAAAUACAUAGGGACUGCAUACGAAAGUAUUUGCGUACUCGCUCCAAUUGCCCGACCUGUGGCAACAAGUGGGCCACGCGGCUUAGUCAAUAAUAAUCUGCAAAGAGAACUCACAGAUAGAAUAUGCUGUGGAAGGAGAAACUUGAA